AUGCAGCCCCAGGUUGGGCAACAACUAGCAUAUCUGCUCUUGGUUGAGUUGCUGGCACAUCAAUUUGCGUCCCCGGUCCAGUGGAUCACCACGCAAGAUUUCCUCCUCAAAGAGCAUAAUGUUGAGCGCUUCGUCGAAAUCGGACCCGCCGAUGUCCUCACCAGCAUGCUCAAGAACACUGUCGCUCGACAUCUCAAAUCCCAAGAUGCUGCUCGCAACAUCACUCGACGGUUUCUUUCUUAUGCGCAGAAUGCACAAGAGAUUCAGUAUUUGUUAGAGGCAGGUACAGUGGCAACCUCAGAAAAAACGAAGAAGAUCGAAACACCCACCAGGUCAACUGUGACCGAGGCCGCCACAACUGCCCAAGUUACCGUGAAAGGUCUCCAAACGGCGGAGUCUUCUGAAGCUCAAAUAAAAGUCACCGCCUCAACGAAGAUCACCAAUGCUGCCCCAAUCCUGGACGCUCAUAUUGAUGCAAAGGAGAUUUUGGUUGCUAUCGUUGCCGGAAAGCUACGAAAGAGUCACGGUGAACUGGCAACAAUGAAAACAAUCAAGGCUCUAGCCAAUGGUCGAUCGACAAUGGAGAACGAGAUUGUCGGGGACCUCGAUGCCGAGUUCGGCUCGCUCCCCGAAAAGGCAGAAGAGAUGGCUCUCGAUGAGUUGGCAAACCUGCUACAAUCCGCGCCCUCUUUCUCGGGGCAGUUGCGCAAAGUUUCAACUGGUCUAUUGUCCAAGGUUUUUGCGCAGACGCUUCCCGCGGGCUUUUCUAGUGGGGAUGUUCGUGAUUAUUUGAAGUCUCGAUGGGGUCUGGGCCCAGGUCGUCAAGAUGCAAUCUUUCUGCGAGCAAGCACAGCGCAAAUCUCAUCGAGGUUGACGGACCAAAAAGAGGCACACGCGUUCUUUGAUACAAUUGUGCAGCAAUAUGGCACUGAUCACGGGCUCAACCUCUUGGGGUUUACCCAAACUGCGGCGACUGCGGUAACAAUCACAACCCCGGUAGACAGUGCAGCCCUCGACUCCGUUGUGAAGGACCAGACCAAGCUUAAGAAGUCCUUAAUGGAACUGUAUGCACGACUCUUAGGAAAGGACCUGAGACAAGAUGCCCACGAGGCGUUAAAAGCACAACUAGCAACAGCCGAGCUGCAGCACCAAUUGGACGGCAUCACGGCGGAGGUGGGGGAUUUCUUCCUUUCCGGUAUCCGUCCUCUCUGGGCAGCCUCCAAGCUUCGACGCUUCCAUUCGAGCUGGAACUGGGUCUUACAAGACGCCCUCGACCUCUUUCAUCGAAUCCUGCGUGGUGACUUCUCAGAUGCGGAUUAUGCCAAAUAUAGCAACGCCAUUGCGAAUCGAUCUAGUCCCCGCUUAGUGCGCAUGCUGAAUUAUCUCGCCGGCAACGAAUCUUUGGCCUGGGGACCACGGUUUCCUGAAGCCAAAGCGGCCUUGCACCGCCUGUUGGAUCGUUGUGAGAAAACUCGCAUCCCUCGGUUUGAGCCUCUGGCUGCUAGUUACGAUGCUCUCAUCAAAGGCCCCAGCACCGAUAUUGACGAGAAGGGUAAUAUUAAGUAUUCCGAAGUCGCUCGUGGCGAAUCUCCGGUUGUUGCACCGAUCACAAUCAAGACACGUGUUCAGUCAUCCUGGCAUAUCAACCAGCCGAUGACUACAUUGUACCGCGAGGAGGUGCAAACCUCUUGGAGUGAAGGAGUGACUUUUGUCAACAAAAAUGUGCUGAUGACAGGAGUCAGCGCAGGGUCGAUAAAUGCCGAGGUCCUGAAAGGUCUUUUGAGUGGUGGUGCUAAAGUGAUCAUCACUACCAGCAGCUAUUCAUCGUCUACCAUCCGCUACUACCAGAACCUCUACGUCGAGCAUGGCGCCCGGGGCUCCGAGCUCAUCGUCGCUCCCUUCAACCAAGGCAGUCAACAAGAUCUUGAAGGCCUUGUAGAGCACAUUUUCGCAGAUACCGGGCUAGGCUGGGACCUGGACCAUGUAAUCCCCUUCGCGGCAAUUACAGAGUCUGGACGAGAGAUUGACCAAAUUGAUUCGCGCUCGGAGCUUGCCCACCGCAUCAUGCUUACCAACACAUUACGUUUGCUAGGCGCCAUCAAGAAACACAAGCAGGCCCGCGGGUAUCGCACGCGACCCACUCAAGUCAUUCUGCCACUUUCUCCGAACCACGGUGCCUUUGGUAAUGAUGGCUUGUACGGCGAGUCCAAGCUUGCGCUUGAAUCACUAUUUGAAAAGUGGCAUUCGGAGAGCUGGUCUGCCUAUUUAUCCAUCUGUGGUGCGGUUAUUGGAUGGACUCGUGGCACGGGGCUGAUGGCGGAUAAUAAUAUCGUUGCCGCUGGCAUCGAACUUCAUGGCGUGCAAACUUUCUCGACAGCGGAGAUGGCAGCAUAUAUUCUGGUGCUGCUAACUCGCAAGUUGGCCAGCGAAUGCAACGUCCAGCCAUUGUAUGCCGAUCUCACGGGAGGGCUGAACGCCAUCCCAAAUCUUCGAGCCACGGUGGAUAAGGUCCGCCGUGAUAUCUUCGAUCAAAGCACUCUUCGUGCCAACCUGGCUCGGGAAAAGGAAGCUGAAGAGAAGCUCACAAUUUUGGGUCUCCAGGCAAAAGACCAAGAGGUUGCUCGUCCUCGCCUGGCAAAUAUUCCGUUCACAUUCCCGCCAUUACCUGAUGAGGAUGUUGAAGUCCAACCCUUGCGGGAAAAACUACUUGGAAUGGCGAACCUAGAUCGCGUCGUGGUGGUGACUGGAUUCUCCGAGAUAGGACCAUUCGGUAACUCCCGUACUCGGUGGCAGAUGGAGGCUACUGGGCGCCUGUCGCUCGAAGGGUGCAUUGAGAUGGCUUGGAUGAUGGGCUUGAUCACGCAUUACAAUGGACUCCUUGACGGCCAACAAUAUACCGGAUGGGUGGACGCGAAGACCAAGAAGGCUGUCCAAGACCUCGACAUCAAGGUUCGCUAUGAAGAGUAUAUUCUUGCCCAUACGGGGAUCCGUCUGGUGGAGGCCACACUAGAUGCACAGGAGACAACUGGAAAAAGGCAAUUGCUUCAAGAAAUCCUUCUCGAGGAAGACCUACCGGAAUUCGAGGUUUCCCCUGAAGUGGCGCAGCAACUUGUCAACGAGCAUGGCGAGAAACAUGUUGACGUCCUGUCUCUCGGAGAGCGUUGCCUAGUCAACUUGAAGAAGGGAGCCGUCCUGAUGAUCCCCAAAGCUUUAAAUUAUGACCAUGCUGUGGCAGGACAGGUCCCUACCGGUUGGGAUCCACGCACCUACGGCAUUCCUGACGACAUUGUUGCCCAGGUGGACCGUGGAACCCUCUUCACCUUGGUGAGCACGAUAGAAGCAUUGAUCGCGUCCGGAAUCACCGACCCCUAUGAGCUGUACCAGUAUAUUCAUGUUUCGGAAUUUGGUAACUGUAUUGGUUCAGGUUUGGGGGGUGUUCAUUCCCUGAAGAAGUUGUUCAAGGAUCGAUACAUGGACAAAGAAGUGCAGAAGGAUAUCCUCCAGGAGACAUUUAUUAACACUACUGCCGCGUGGGUGAAUAUGCUACUCCUAUCCUCCUCUGGGCCCAUCCGGACGGCGGUCGGUGCUUGUGCCACAUCGGUCGAAUCGUUGGAAACCGGGUAUGAGACGAUCACGACCGGACGGGCUAAGAUCUGCCUGGUCGGAGGAUAUGACGAUAUGAACCAGGCUGUGGCAGAAGAAUUUGCCAAUAUGAAAGCGACCACGGAUGCGGCUGUUGAAGCAACAAAGGGCCGACUUCCCCAGGAGAUGUCGCGACCCUCGGCGGAGAGCCGCAGCGGGUUCGUCGAAUCACAGGGAAGUGGAAUUGAGGUCAUCACUUCUGCACGGUUGGCGUUAGACCUUGGCCUGCCCAUUCAAGGUAUUAUUGCUUGGGUCGGCACCGCCAGUGACAAGACUGGGCGCUCAGUGCCCGCGCCCGGGCAGGGUAUUCUGACCAAUGCACGCGAGCAGCCAACAAACCGCUUCCCCUCGCCCCUCUUAGAUGUGCGAUACCGCAAGCGUCGUCUGGCGGCGCGUUUCGUCCAGAUUCAGCAGUCAACCGACUUGGAGGUAGAGAUCAUGGGAGAUCUUGAAGACAGCGAAGCGCGUGAGGACCACCUCCGCUUUGUCGAGCAAGAGGCCGAUCGCCAGCGCAAGGAAGCCCUGGACACAUUUGGCAAUGACUUUUGGAAAAGUCAAACUUCGAUCUCGCCCAUUCGUGGGGCUCUGGCAGUCUUUGGUCUCGGCAUUGAUGACCUGGACUUUGUCACUCUACACGGUACCAGUACAGUGAUGAACGAUAAAAAUGAGCCUGCUGUUCUCGAAGCCCAGAUGAAACAUCUCGGUCGCACACCAGGCAAUCCACUCUUCGCCAUCUCACAGAAAUAUCUCACAGGUCACCCAAAGGGUGCCGCCGGAGCAUGGAUGCUGAACGGUGGCCUGCAAGCGCUCAACAGCGGCAUUAUCCCAGGUAACCGCAAUCUCGACAGCGUGGACGGCCACCUCGAAAAGAACGACUAUAUCGUCUACCCCAACCGUAGCAUCACAACGUCCGGCCUGAAGGCUUUCUCCCUCACCUCCUUUGGCUUUGGACAGAAAGGGGCGCAGGCCAUCGUGGUACAUCCACGCUAUUUGUAUGCUAUGCUGGAGCAGGCCGAGUUCAAAACGUAUCGUGAGAAACGCCAGACACGUCACCGCAAGGCAUUUCGUUUCUUCCACCGUGGAAUGGUAGCGAAUACAAUGUUUGUGCCUAAAACCGAAGCGCCAUAUACGCCAGAACAGCAAAACUCGGUGUUGUUGGAUCCCACAGCCAGAGCGAUUGCAAGUUCCGGGGCGACUCUCCAGUAUUCGUUCUGA